AUGUCAUUGUUAACUCAAUUGCUGCUGAAUUUCAAUCAAAAGGCCCAAUUCCGCAGCCAGCACAAUUUAGAGCUGAUAAACUCCUUCAUAACAUAACAAAAAGUUGUGAGAUUCGAGCAGCUCGCGCCUUCAAUCAAAAGACGCGAACGCCAAACGCUUCUAAACGCCGCCCACUUAGGGAGAAAACCGCAAACAUUUUUUACCGGAAGAGAAAAAAGAAAUCAAAUCAAAA